GGCCGGCGUCGCAUCGCCUCUCCGAUCCAGCACCGUAGUUUGUGGCGGCCGAUGCUAUCGCUAAGCGUCGCAGCCGCCUCGCGCCUGCUCGGGCUGCUGGCCGGCGGCACAGCAACCAGGGCGCGCACGCGGGCCUUCUCCUACGGGAGGGUGGUGGACGCCGCGGCCCGGGACGGCGAACUCCGAGUGUUCGUAGUCGCUGGUGAGGUCUCCGGCGACUCGCUUGCUUCGCGCCUCAUGGCGUCCCUCAGGGCGCUCUCCCCAGUCCCCGUCCGUUUUGCGGGCGUUGGCGGGGAACUAAUGUGCAAGGAAGGAUUGCAAUCACUUUUUCCCAUGGAGGAAAUUUCCAUAAUGGGAUUGUGGGAACUGCUGCCACACAUAUAUAAUAUCAAGAGGAAGAUCAAGGAUACUGCAGAUGCUGCUGUAUUAUUCCUGCCUCAUGCUGUAGUUACUGUUGAUUCAAAGGGGUUCUCUUUUCGCCUUCUGAGGCAAUUGAAAUGUAGAUACAAUCAAGUUGCGCAUCCUGUACAUGUCCACUAUGUUGCACCAUCAUUCUGGGCCUGGAAAGACGGUGAAAGAAGGCUAGCAAAGUUGCAUAAUUUUGUGGACCAUUUGCUGUGUAUCCUUCCAUUUGAGGAAGAAAUUUGCAAAUUAAAUGGGUUGCCUGCUACAUAUGUGGGCCAUCCAUUAUUGGACGAUGCUAUUGGCUUGAACACGGUGAAGGAAAUAUCUUCUGUCAAUUCCAUGCAUCAACGAAGUGAUGAAGUUUUUCGACAGGAGCAUGCAAUGUCCCCAGAUUCCACAAUCAUAACCAUACUGCCUGGAAGCAGGGUGCAGGAGGUGGCCCGUAUGCUUCCCAUCUUCUUGCAAACUGUGCAGCACCUAAGACAUACAUUUAAUGAACUCUCACUAGUCAUCCCAGUUGCUCCUCAUCGGGAUGUGAGGGCAUAUGUUGAAAAUGCUGUUCGAUCAGGGCCAUUUCCAGUGGUACUGAUACCUGGGGGAACACUAAAAGAAAGAUAUGAUGCAUUCAAUGCUAGUAGAGCAGCAUUAUGCACUUCAGGAACAGCUGUCAUGGAGCUGAUGUUAGCAAAGCUACCCUGUGUAGUAGCUUACCGAGCUCAUUUCAUCACAGAAUGUUUGAUUAAUCUGAGGAAAAAGAUAGAUUUUAUUUCUCUACCCAACAUUCUUUUAAAUUCUCCAAUUGUGCCUGAGAUCCUUUUUCGGGCUUGCACGGCAGAAAAUCUAGCUGCAAAACUAAGCGAGGUCAUUUUUAAUGAUGAAGCCCGUCAGUUGCAAGUUGAAUCAGCUGACCAGUUACUGGAGAUGCUCUAUGAACCUAUCAAGCAGCGGGGUUGCUUAUUUCAAGAGGAGCUGCAUAACUCAAGCUUGCUGUCAAACUUCUACUCCCCCAGCACGAUUGCCGCAUUGACAGUGCUUUAUACGGAUAAGCAUCAACAGACAGUGCACCAGAAUUGAGUGGAUGUCCUCAGUACUAGCAAACAAAUAUUCAGUCUGCCGUGGUGGUCGCUAUUGCGUGCAUUCUCAUCUUCUCCAUCUGCUCUUCUGAUUGAAGAGUACUUUUCUGCAAAUUGUAUUGGCUCUGCCUUGGCCCACAAUUGGAGAAGCAAAGCGAGUAUUUAGGUUAAAAAAAAAUGGUCUUUCAGUUCAGGUUUCUGAAGUGCCGCAGGAAGUCAGGUCAGCAUCAUAUUAUCAUUAUGGAAGUUGGGAACACGUGUUCUGCUGGGUUUAGUGCGGGUCCUAGUCAUCUUAUCUGCCGUGAUGCGUUUGGCGCAGAUUAUUCCAUGGUUAGAAUUUCUUGGAUUGAACUGGGAGGCAGGUUAUUAUAGUGUCUGGAGAUAAUUGUUGGCACUGGAGAAGUGAGAAUAACUGGACGAGUAUUAUACAGUUUUCUUGAAGCUGUAAAUCUAGCUUCCGUUUCUUUUUGGAA